CUCCGCGGCUGUUCGGAGGCUGCAACGCCCACGUGCCCCUGCUGCUGGUGCUCGACCUGUACGCGGGAGCGGCCGGCGUGCAGCAGGAUGAAGCAUAUUAGAUAUGUCACAAUUUACAAAACCGCUGCUGAGGAGUUCAGGCAAGGAAGUGAAAAGCAUGAGAUUGAAGCACAGCCAGGAGCAGAUCUGAGAGGGUGGCAUGAGGCUCUUAAGAAUUCCAUUAGAAAGAUCAUUUAGUUCUCAUUUUAAUAGUGGUAUAAAUCUCAACUUUGAUUUGGUGCAGAGCUUUAAAAUGACUUCUUUGCAUUACUCCAUUGUACUAAGGCAUCAAAACAAAGCUCAGAGGCAGCGCAGAGCUCCAAUCUGCACAAAAUGCCAUGGGCAGCUCUUUCUUCAUGUUCUAUUAUAGUAUUUGCAAACACCCACAGUGUCUCAGCAGGGCUGCUUUCCUUGCUGCACCCAUUGCAACCUUUGUGAAUACAAAAUCUUAUGGCAGCAGCAAGAGGACGUGGCCCCAAUUUCGUUGUAGUCUCUUCAUACUGCUAAUGAGUUUUCAUUGAAUAAAUUGAUUGACCCUUUUGGCAUUGCGAUAAAAGUGACUCACAUAACAGAGUAAGCACAGUGAGAGCUGUAUCUGAAAUGAGGAUUUUCUUUGCCAUCCCAUACUCACCAAUUGCAAAGCACUGUGUGCUGUUGCUGUUCCACCAGCUUGUACAGAGUCAAUUUGCUUAACAGCUCAAUAUUUCAGGUGUCAGUGCAAGUCAGGCUAUGGGCAUAAGCCUUACUGCUCCUUUAUAAGUAGAAAGAGACUGAGCUAUAAGGUCAAUACCACCAUGAAGUAAAAUAGACAUCUUUUAAGUGAACGUGGCAGCUUCUUUAUGCAAUUCCUGGUUGACGCUGACUGGAGUGGGUUAGAAACUGUGGAGCGGAAUUUGUACACACUUGAGGAAAGAGCAGCCAGCAGAGCUUUAUUGUGUCACACAGAAGGGUGUGAGCUAAUGUCAUAUCAAUUCAUUGCAUGCUAGAAAUGAAAAGGACUCAAUUUAAAAAUAACAAGAGUUUCAGUGCUGCUAUCAGCUGUCUGUGUCUUAAAAGCUCAGAUGCUUUUAAGAAUAUCUUUGUGUUCUGUGCUUUUUUCUGUCCCCUGUAACCUUUAGUGUUUCUGUUAUUUAAAAAAUCUCUGCUUGCUUAUGGAACUGUAAAUUGAUAAUGAGCUCUUUGUUAUCUCAGACUGUGAUUUUAAUAUUGUAAAACUGACCACAUAUCAUUGGGUCACAUGUUUGCUUCUGACUUCCCUGACUACACAGUCCUUACGAAUGUUUGGCACACUUGGAGUCACAAUAAUGCAAGUAAAAGCGAUCAAUAGAAACAUCAAUAUUACAGUCCAUUUUAGUACAAAAGUUACUUCUGUAAAGUCACUGUGCUAAUUUUCAUUGGGUUCUAAGUUUAGCAGUUCCUAUGGCAGAAAGUGGUAUUUCAGAAUCUUUUUUCAGUAGUCUACAGGGUAUCAAUUAAUGGUCACCUCUGCAAUGUAUUUGUCUUGCAGAUUUGAUAUUUGUUGCUUUGAACAUGGAAAAUUAGAUGAUAUAUAACCCCAUAUUGGGGAGCUUUGGUGGAUGCUAUUCUUCAAAAGUUGAUUGAGACUCCGUCACACAGCCUAGACUAGUUCACAGUAUCACAGUCUCGUGCGGGUUGGAAGGGACCUUAGAGAUCAUCAUGCCAACCCCCUAAUUUUCCUGACUGUCCACAGUAAUUGGUUUACACUUCAACACGGAACAACUCAGCUCACUGCCUAAGCAAGGGAAAAGCAUGACAACUGACUCAUGGUUAAGCUCAAAUUGCAAGUUUGAGCUGAAGAGUUAAAUCGCCUUAAAAUAUUUGGCUCUGCAAAUGUGCACUACAACAAAAGCAAAGCUACUGCAGACAGCGUGAACGUGGUGCCUGUGACCUAUGAAGUAUUCUCAGAAUUCUCUUGCCUUGGGAGCUACAUCACCUUUUUCAUAGACGUGCCAAAGCGGUCAUGAAAGCUGCCAAGUUUGUAGUCUGUGCUGCUUGUGUCUCUUGUCUUUCAUGCUGCAGGAUUAGAGAUCACAGAAUCUCUGUGAACUCUGCAGUUAUACAGUUAGACUCCACAGAAAAGCCCGCUUACUUUCCUGUUUUUGGUAGCUGUCUUGUCUUGACCUUCUCUUGACUUUAUAUAGCUCUCCUGCUGAAAUCUGGUUUAAUUGUGCUUAUUGUUUUUGAGCUAUACCUAAAUUAUAGCAUCAUAGAAUGGCUUGGGUUGGAAGGAUCAUCGUGUUCCAACCCCCCUGCCACAGGGAUUGUUGUCUCCUAUUUAAACCCUAUUUUUACAGCGCACAGUUCUACUUCCACUUUUUGUUCUUUUUUUCUUUCUUUUUUUAACAUGGCCAGGAAUGCUUUGUUUCCAUUCCUAUACGUGAAAUCUAUUUUGUCUUGAACUUUUGACAUUUCUCAGCUCUCUUCCUCUCUUCCAGUACAGCGGGGUUUUCUUGUUCAUCAGCUAAUUAUUUUGUUGCAUGGAUUUUGCUCAGUGCUAUCGUCCACAUGUUCAGUUUUAUCAGCUUGAAGGCUGAUAUGCCCAGCAUGCUGUCAUAAUGAUAAAGACCAUUGUUCCACUAUCAGCGAACAGAUUUCUCCAGCAUGGACAACCAAAGAGGAGCAUUUUAUUUCAGCUUAUUUAUCUUGUUUAUUUCCAGCAUUCUUUUCUGCUAUUUGAAAGUCCAGGCACUUGACUUAGAGUGACAGUUUCCAAAACUGAAUACAUCUUUUCUCCUCAUCAUUUGCAAUUAAGCAUCAAAUUCUUAUGGUGAGUGCUGUGCUUCAGUGAAGCUGGAACAGCUGCAAUAGUCCAGUGAUCUUUAGAGGCCCAUGAUGGAAUACCAGGGAUCUCCUGUCUUAUUUUUCUCUCUCAGCAUCUCUUGUGUGUGUGUUCUCUAGCCUCAAGGUGGUGUGUUGUUCCAGGUGAUGCACUGAGAAUCAUUAGCGUGUUUUACUUUCAGCUCUUAAUUUUUUGUGUCCUUUGUCUUGUCUUGUGUUAAUGAAACACCUCUCAUUUAGCUAGGUAUCUUUUCAGAACAUGUAUCUUCUGAAAGCCGGGGUAUUAAAACACAACGCUGGGGUUCCAAAUGGAGUAUCUGUUCUACAAUAACUGUAUUAUUAUUUUACAGAUGGGUUGGUCACUUCUUUGCAAACUGAUAGAAAUUUGUCCAAGCACUCUACAGAACAUUGCUCUUAAGGACGUUGGGAAGGACUGGGAAGUACUGGGUGUUCACCAGCAGAUUCUUAAAAUGCUUACAGUUCACAAAGGAAAUGUAAAUCUCUCAGUCAUAGGACUAAAAGCAUUAAAUCUACUCCUGAUGUCAGAUGUAAUUGCUUUCCUGCUCCUGGAGGAAGAAGUGGAUGUGUUUUCCUUGGUAUUUAAUGCCAUGCACACCUUCCCUAAAAAUGAAGAGAUCCAGCAACAUGGAUGUAAAGCAUUAUACAAGCUUUUUGAAAAAGUUCCAGAAGAGCAGCUGACUGAAUUUGUUGAAAGCAAAGAUCAUAUGAUCAUACUGGAAGUAUUUAAAGAGUUCCCAGAGAAAGAAGAGGUGAUUCUUCCUGCACUUUAUUCAUUACAUUCCUUAGCUGGUCCAACCAGCAAUGUUGAAGUGCUCAUGUCUGGAAAUGUUCGCUUCUACAAUGUUAUAGUAGAAAUGAUGAAAAAUUUCCCCAAUAGCGAAACUGUUCAGGAAGUGUGUUGCUGCUUGUUGCAUAAGCUUACUGUGGGAAACUUUUUCAAUAUCCUUGUGUUACAUAAGGUUCCAGAAGUCAUUGUGAAGGCUGUGAAAAUGUAUUCUGAAAAUGCAAAGUUACAGGCUGCAGCCCUCAGUUGUUUAGCUCUUCUCACUGAAACGAUAUUCUUAAACCGAGACUUAGAGGAAAGAAAAGAAGAGGAGGAGGAAGAGAAAUUGUGCUGGUUGGAAGCAUGUUACAGAGCAUUAGAACUGCACCGGAAAAAUACAGAUGUACUGGAGUCUGCAUGCUGGGCUUUGAAAAACCUUUUUCUGUAUCAACGCAGUCUUCAUGAGAAGAUUGGAGAUGGAGAUAAUCAGUUCCCCAUAGAUAGAGCAGUGAUGCUGUCCAUGCUGAUGCACUCCUCCUCAAAAGAAGUGUUUCAGGCAGCAGCAGGUACCUUGGCAAUUUUGUCACAACAGAAUGUAAAUAUUAGGAAGACACUUUUGGCUAAAGGAAUACACAUGAAUGUUUUGGAUAUAAUGAGGAAACACCCACAUUCUCCUGACGUGGCUGAAAGCGCCUGCAGAAUUCUGAAUCAUGUUUUCGAAGGAAGUUUCCCUCAUUUGGAUAUAAUGACAGUAGCUGCAUCUGAAGUUGUGAAAGCCAUGAGGAAACAUGAAAAAUCACUCUCUGUACAACUGGAAGCACUUCGGGUCCUUUUACACUUUAUGAUGCCUGAUACAAAGAAUGAUCAGAACAGUUCUUCCAGAAACAUGGGAGAUGCUGCUUUCACACUUACAGUGAAAGUCAUUAAAAGCCAGUGUCUGCUGGAGGGAACUCAUUCGUUGGUGCUUGGUGCUUUGAACAGGUUUAUUGGAAAUCCUAGCAUUCAGAGGUGUGGAUUAAAACUACUUACUUCUGUAGCUGAGUGCACUGGUGCUUUAGAAAUUUUAACACAGCAAGGAGCCACUGACACUGUGCUUCACACCCUCCAGAUGUAUCCAGAUGAACAAGACAUACAGAGUUUGGGUUUGAGUCUUCUGCUCUUUUUGAUUACAAGAAAGAGUUUGUGUAUUGCAACUAUGCAUGUCCUGGCAACUGUUCUGGUUUCUACUCUGCGACGAUUUAAAGAGGUCACUGAAAUCCAGAUGCAUGGGUUUCACGCAGUCUUGACAAUUCUUGGUUUUUCACCUUGUUUUGCCAAGCUGCUGAUACAUGAAUCUUUUGACACAGUAAUCUUCUACCAAAUGUCUAUGUGCUUCACUAACCAGCGAGAUCGACAGUUUCAAAGCCUGUGUUGUAAAUGCUUUGCUAAGAUAGCUGAAAAUGAUGAUUUAAAAAAUAUGAUGCUUGAAAAAGCAUGUAUCGAGUACAAUAGUAUUAUGGCUGAAUGUUUACUUCUACUGGGAGCUGAUAUUAAUAAGAAGACAAAGACAAGCUCUUUGAUCUAUCAGGUUUGCGAAAAAGGAAAUAAUCCUAAACUGGUGGAACUGCUGUUAGCCAAUGGUGCUCGAGAGCAGGAUAUUCGGAGUGCUUUAACCAUCAGUAUAAAGAGAGGAGAUAGCCAAAUUAUCAGCUUGCUGUUAAAGAAGCUUAGCCUUGAUGUCGCCAACAGCAGUAUAUGUCUUGGAGGAUUUGGUAUUGGGAGACUUGAGCCUUCCUGGCUCAUUCCUUUGUUCCCAGAUAAGCUUACUCCACCAAGAAGACAAAAUGCAGGCUCUGCACUGGCAAGAAUGGUGCUGAAAUACCAGAUGAAGAAUAUUUCUGAGGAUAGAUCAGCAGCUUGUUCUGAUUUAAACUUCACUGAAGAUGGAGUGGAUAAAAACUAUGAUUGGAAUUUCAUUUCUGACCCAUUAGUGGACACUGUUUUUCCUUCGAGUGAUGAUAUUGACAGCGAAGGAAGUGAAGGUUCAGUUUUUAGAAAAAAGAAGUCCAAUUCCAUUGCAGUUGCUGAUUUACAUGGUAGAGAACUCGCUUUUCAAAGAGGUUCUCCUACUUUAACACGACAUUCCUACUCUGUGGGACCUGGCUCAGAUUAUGAGCCAUUAGUGAAACAAAGAAGAAAAUUAAUGCCUUCAGAUGAGCCUCCCAGAGGAAUCUCAAAAAGCUCACUGCAUUUAAGAUCAUCAGACAGUCUUUCCUCGUUGAUCUCAGAGAAGGAAUGUAUUAAAUCACUAGAUCUUUCGUCAAAUGAGCUGGAGAACAUUGAUGCCAUCAGCCAGAACAGCAGCUUAACGAGUCACUUGGAACAUCUUGAUAAACUGGAGCUCCACCAAAAUGCCCUUACAAACAUUCCAGAACAACUGUGUGAGAACUUGAAAUGCUUGACAUAUUUGGAUUUGCACAGCAACCGAUUUACUUCUUUUCCUAUUUAUUUGCUGAAAAUGAACUGUAUCGCAUAUCUUGAUAUCUCUCGAAAUGACAUUGGACCUUCCUUUGCUUUGGAUCCACAUCUCAGAUGUCCAACCCUAAAGCAACUUAAUCUUUCAUACAAUCAGCUGAUGGGCAUUCCUGAGUUUCUUGCGAACAUUGCUGAAAACCUCGAACAGCUAUUGCUGGAAGGAAACAAGAUUUCAUGCUUAUCUUCACCCAUGUCCUUGAAAGAGCUGAAAAUUUUAAACAUCAGUAAGAACAAUAUUUCAUCCCUUGCUGAGAAUGUGUUAAUGGGCUGUACGAAACUGGAGCUGUUCAAUGCCAGGAUGAAUGCUCUUGACACAGUACCUGACUUGUCAUCUAGCAUAACGACCUUAAAAUUAUCCCAAAAUUGCUUUAAUAAAGUUCCAGAAACAAUUCUUCUUCUACCACAUUUGCGAUCAGUAGAUUUAAGCCAAAACAAGAUCGUAAGCCUGCCUGGGCCGGUGCACUGGAAAUCGUUGAACUUAAGGGAGCUGUUAUUUAACCAUAAUCAAAUUGGAGUCUUGGACUUGAGUGAAAAGGCAUGUGCAUGGUCUAGGCUAGAAAAGCUACACCUGUCCAACAACAAGUUAAAGGAGAUACCUCCUCAAAUUGGCUUCCUAGAAAACUUGACUUCUCUGGAUGUAAGUCAUAAUCCCGAUUUGAGAUUCUUUCCAGAUGAAAUGGGAAGACUGUCCAAAAUUUGGGAUCUUCCUUUGGAAGGCCUCCAUCUUAACUUGGACUUCAAACAUGUGGGAUGCAAAGCCAGAGACAUCAUCAGAUUUCUUCAACAACGACUGAAGAAGGCUGUACCUUAUAACAGAAUGAAGCUAAUGAUUGUUGGGAACACUGGUAGUGGAAAAACUACGCUGUUACAACAGUUAAUGAAAUGCAAACGAACCGAGCUGGGCUGUCCAAAAGCUACAGUAGGCAUUGAUGUGAAAGACUGGAUCAUUCAAGGGAAAGGCAAAAUGAAGAAAGAGCUUAUAUUAAAUGUCUGGGAUUUCGGAGGACAAGAGGAGUUCUACAGCACCCAUCCUCACUUCAUGACCCAAAGAGCUUUAUAUCUUGCUGUUUAUGAUCUCAGCAAAGGACAAGCAGAGGUGGAUGCUAUGAAGCCAUGGCUUUUUAACAUCAAGGCACGCGCUUCAACAUCCCCCGUCAUUCUUGUUGGCACCCACUUAGAUGUUUCUGAUGAAAAGCAACAUAAGGAAUGCAUGAGUAAAAUUACUAGAGAGCUGCUAAAUAAGCGAGGCUUCCCAGCAAUCCAGGAUUAUCACUUUGUGAAUGCCAAAGAAGAAUCGGAUUCCAUUAUGAGACUUCGGAAAAUCAUAAUAAAGGAGAGUCUUCACUUCAAAAUCAGAGAUCAACCGGUGGUUGGCCAGCUAAUUCCUGACAGCUAUCUGGAGCUGGAGAAGAGAAUUUUGCUGGAAAGAAAAAAUGUCCCGGUUGAAUUUCCUGUGAUUGAUCAGAAACGAUUACUAGAAAUGGUACAAGAAAACAAGUUACAACUGGAUGAAAAUGAGCUCCCUCAUGCAAUUCACUUUCUGAAUGAAUCAGGUGUACUGCUUCAUUUUCAGGACCCAGCACUACAGCUAAGAGAUCUGUACUUCGUAGAUCCUAAGUGGCUGUGUAAAAUCAUGGCACAGAUUUUGACUGUGAAAGUAGAAGGCUUUUCUAAGUAUCCUAAGGGAAUUGUUAAGCGCUCAGACGUGGAAAAAUUCCUGUUAAAGAAGAGCAAGUUUCCUAAGGUCUACAUGUCACAAUACUUCAAACUUCUGGAGAAGUUUCAGAUUGCUUUGCCAUUAGGAGAGGACCAACUACUAAUCCCAAGCAGUUUGUCUGAUCACAGACCUGUUAUAGAGCUUCCUCACUGUGAAAAUUCAGAAAUUAUCAUCAGACUUUAUGAGAUGCCAUACUUUCCUAUGGGAUUUUGGUCCAGGCUGAUCAACAGGUUACUUGAAAUAUCACCUUAUAUGCUGUCAGGAAGAGCACGAGCUCUUCGUCCUAACAGAAUGUAUUGGAGACAAGGCAUCUACUUGAACUGGUCUCCUGAAGCUUAUUGUCUGGUGGAAUCAGCCGUAUUUGACAACAACCCAGACAGUUUUUUGAAGAUCACAGCACCUUCUUGCAGAAAAGGUUGCAUCAUUUUGGGACAAGUUGUGGAUCACAUUGAUUCUCUUAUGGAAGAAUGGUUUCCAGGUUUGCUGGAUAUAGAUGUAUGCGGUGAAGGGGAAACACUGUUGAAGAAAUGGGCUCUGUACAGUUUUGAGGACGGGGAAGAACACCAGAAAAUACUUCUUGAUGACUUACUUAAAAAGGCUGAAGAAGGAGACCUCUUAAUAAACCCAGAGCAGCCAAGACAUACCAUUCCCAUCGCACAGAUUGCUCCUGAUCUGAUCCUGGCUGACUUGCCUAGAAACAUUAUGUUGAACACUGAUGAGCUGGAAUUUGACAAAGCUCCUGAAUUUCUCUUGGGUGAUGGUGGGUUUGGAUCAGUGUACCGUGCUUCCUAUGGUGGAGAAGAAGUUGCUGUAAAGAUUUUCAAUAAACAUACUUCCCUCAGGCUCCUGAGACAAGAGCUUGCAGUGCUUUGUCACCUCCAUCAUCCCAGCUUAGUGUCUUUGCUGGCUGCUGCUGUCCGUCCCCGAAUGCUGGUGAUGGAAUUAGCCCUUAAAGGAUCUCUUGAUCGUUUGCUUCAACAAGACAAAGCAAACUUAACUCGAACACUUCAGCACAGGAUCGCUCUACAUGUAGCUGAUGGCUUAAGGUACCUGCAUUCAGCAAUGAUCAUUUACCGUGAUCUAAAGCCUCACAACGUCUUACUCUUUACCCUAUAUCCCAAUGCUGCUGUCAUUGCAAAAAUAGCUGACUAUGGCAUUGCCCAGUAUUGCUGCCGGAUGGGAAUAAAAACCUCUGAAGGCACACCAGGAUUUCGAGCACCAGAGGUUGCCAGAGGAAAUGUUAUUUACAAUCAGCAAGCUGAUGUGUAUUCAUUCGGUUUGCUUCUCUAUGACAUUUUAACAGGAGGAGGUAGAAUAAUGGAAGGUGUGAAGUUUCCAAAUGAAUUUGAUGAGUUAGCAAUACAAGGAAAGUUGCCAGAUCCUGUCAAAGAAUAUGGAUGUGCCCCCUGGCCUAAAGUUGAACUCUUAAUUAAAAAAUGUUUGAAGGAAAACCCUCAGGAACGACCAACAUCUUCCCAGGUGUAUGAGAUUUUGAAUUCUGCAGAGCUUAUCUGUUUGAUGAGGUCUGUUUCAAUACCCAGCACUUCCACAGCAGAGUGCAUGGUAGCUGCCAAUCAAAGCUGCAAGAAGGCAGGAGUCUGGAUAGGCAACGGGAACACAGAAAGAGCACAGCUUUCAUUUGUUAACCUAAAUACAGAUGGACAUACUUGUGAGGAUAUUGCAGAUAGUAAAAUCUUAAGUUUGGCGUUGGUGACUCUUCCUACUGAGAAAGAAAACUGGAUUGUGGCAGGAACCCAUUCUGGUUCUCUGUGGGCAGUUAACACAGAAGAUGAAACAAGACGGCACCGUCUGCAGAAGAUGUCCGAUUCUAUCACCUGUUUAUACUGUAAUUCACUUUCAAAGCAAAGCAAACAGAAGAACUUCUUUCUGGUGGGCACAGCUGAUGGAACACUGGCAGUGUUUGAAGACAGAGCAGUUAAGUGUAAGGGUGCAACACCUCUGAAGAUACUAACUAUAGGAAAUGUUAGCACACCACUCAUGUGCUUAAGUGAAUCCACGUAUUUAUCUGAAAAAAAUACAAUCUGGGGAGGCUGUGGAACAAAGCUCAUCGCUUUAUCUAGUGAUUUCUCUGUCCAAAAGCUGAUUGAAACAAAGUCAAGCCAACUGUUCUGUCAUAACGCUUACAGUGAUGCAAACAUUAUUUCCAUAGCAGUAGAUAAAUCCAUCUACUUGGCAAAGAAAAACAGCCAUUUUGUGGAAAUCUGGGACAAGAAGACGGAAAAACUUUCUGAACUAAUUGACUGUGCACAUUUUCUGAAGGAUGAAGUGGAAAAACUGAACAAAGAAUCAAAGCAUAAAGUUGCUUAUUCUGGAAGAGUGAAGACAAUUUGCCUGCAGAAAAAUACUGCACUGUGGGUAGGGACAGGAGGAGGACAUAUCCUGCUACUUGAUUUAUCAACACGUCGCCCUGUACGGGUUAUAGAUAACUUCUGUGACUCUAUUCGAGUCAUGCUAACAGCUCAGCUAGGGAGCCUGAAGAACGUGGUGGUGGUUCUGGGAUACUGCUACAAGAGCGACACCGAAGAUGACAAAUAUCACAAAGAAUUACAGUCCUGUGUGUCAGUGUGGGACAUUAACCUCCCCCACGAAGUGCAAAACCUGAAGAAACAUAUAGAAGUGAGACAGGAACUAGCUGAAAAAAUGAAAAGCUUCACUUUGGACUGAAAAACCCUUUCAAGUGCCAUUCUCUUUUCUAGACUUGUAUCCUAACUCACCGUGCAAUAUUCACAGCCUCUUGUUGCUGGGCUCCUUAACCCAAACCAGGAAAGAAAUCUUCCCAAGUCAUUGUGUACUGAGAAGAAAGAAGGGUGUUAUUCAUAAUGUUUGAAAGGACAGAAAAUCAUUAAGAGUUUCAUAAUCUGAAGCAUUAUCACGUGUCUGUUUACUCAUGAAGUUCUGCACGGAGGAGCUGCGGCUCGACUUCAGGAUAACUUUGUUCAUCCAGUUUUUAGUCCCUCUUAAAUUGGAAAUCAGCCAGGAGACUGAAAACGGCUCUGAUUUACUUCAGUAUCUCUACUGAGUUGACACCGGAGUAAGAAGCAAAGCUGAAGGCUCUGUUUCCUUAUUGCAGUCUGUAAGCAUGAGUUUUCUCUGAUGAUUCAUGUUUUAUUCAUGUCCGAGCUCUUGACCUCAGCCAAACAAAGGAAAACAUUAUAUUUUAUACAAAUAAUUGAACUUAAGGAGCAUUCAGACUUCUCACGAGGAGCAGCGCAAUGGGCAGAUUACAGCCUUUGCUUCUUCUAUGAGAAGUUGACAUCUUCCAUUGCAAACAGAAAACCAAACUGUGCUAAAAUAAUACAAUUCCUCUGAAUUCCAAAUUGAAUUACGCUGACCAGCCCUGCACCUUGGUGCCUUCUUGCAAUUGUGCAGCCUGCCUCGUUCUGAGCAAUGGAGUCAUGGAGUCAAGAACAUUCCCAUCCACGUACAUCUAUUGCACAGCUCACUUCUAAAAGCCAUGGGAAGGAACAGAGAGGAAACUCCUGCUGGAAAGGCUGCUACCGCUCGUACCACAAAGAAGGAAGCGUGCUGCAGAAUCUUGGUGCAGCUUGCCUUGUGUGCCUCCAUUCCAUCCAUCAGAAGACAGAGCUCAUUUUCUUGUUGCGAUACCAAAAGAAUCCAUAGAGUUCUCCUGAAAUCCCUGCACGGAGAACACAGAACCACUCCAGAGUUUAUUGUCCGGAGCAGCAGGGUCAGCAGCACCCUGUGGGCUCCCAGUUUUGAAGAACUUCUGUACGUGGACAGCAGCAGCUGCCGAGCCCAGCUGUGUCACUGUCCCAUUUGCUGCCUCUCGUGGUGUGUGGACUCAGGAUUCCUUUCAGAUCUGUACCCCCAUUUUUUAUGCGUCCUUGUAUUCUGCACCCAGAAGAUAAUUUGCUAUUUAUAUGGAUUUUGUAACUCAGAAAAUAUAUAUUAUUAUAAUGAAUACAUUUAAAAAAGAGAUGCUAUGUAAUGCAGUUACGUUUAUUUAUGAGUCAUUUUGAGAUGUAAGCUUUCUACCUUUUUAUUAAAGCUGUGCUUUGUUAAUGACAGUC